ACUGGAUCUUUGAGAAGAGACCAUAUUACACUGCACUUCUGGGAGCUGCUAACCAUGGGCUUGGCACUGGUAUUAACCUACAUCCUAUCGACUUGUAUAGCAAAAGGUUACUCCCUUUCCUGUAUCCAAUGUGUUGGGGUUGAAGGACCUUCCUGUUCUGGAAUUUCAACUUCAAAGAGAUGUCCAUCUAGCGAUGAUGUUUGUGUUUCAUCCUACACAGUCACUGAGAUGGGUGGGAUGGAGGUCUCUAAACAGUUUGUCAGACAUUGCGAAUCAAAAAAGAUGUGUGACAAAGCCGGGAGUAUCAGCAUCCCUAACGGCAGAGUCAAAAUGAGCAAUGUUUGUUGUAGGUCUGACAACUGUGAUCCUGGAUUACCCAAGUUGCCUCUAGAGAAAACAUUGAAAAACGGCAUCAUGUGUGAUGGCUGCAUUGGUAUAAAUACAAAGUCAUGCCACUCCAAUGAACCCCUGGAAUGUGUUGGAGAUGAGAAGAUGUGCAUUUCAUACCUUAUGACCAUGUCAGGCGUCAUAUCCACAUCUAUGGCACUACGAGGCUGCGCAACGGAAAACUUUUGUGUGAUUGGGGAACAGGAGGUAGAAAACGAGCACAUGAAACUGGAGGUGGACAUUUCAUGCGGUGUAGAUGGAGCCAUCAGUCUCCAGCUAAACCAGUUCCUGUUGGCCCUUCCUACUCUCCUCCUUCUGAAAUAUAUCUCAUAAGUGCAUGAAGUGCUCACUCCUGCAGAACUAAGGGCUUUGUUCCUUAUAUGUAUCCAAACAUGCAAAUACAUUAAGAUUAUUUUAAAGUACCAUUAGCACCUAGAGCACAAUCAUUGUUAUAAAAAGAAUAUAUAUUUUUUUCAAAGCUU